AAGGAAAACAAAGUUAGAUGAGCUCUGCUCUGGCUAUAAAAAUGACAUGAACUUUCCCAAAUCAGAACCAAAUAUCCAAAUCACUAAACCACACCCAAAAGAUCAAGAGAAAAAAAAAAAGAGUAAAAAAUGCAGGGAGCUAUGAGCAUCAAACCAACCAUUCUUCUCCCUCUUCCUUCAUCACAAUCUUCUCCAAAGCUCACACUUCUUCUUCCUCAGUCCAUCACCACAACCAAAGCUUCAAGACUCUCAUCUCUCAGACCAAACGCAUCAUCAUCUUCUUCAACCUCUGAUUCUCUCACCGUUGACUACAACUCUCUCCUUUCUGUUUUCCCAGCUGAAGCAUGUGAAACAAUCAGCGGUUACGCCUGUUCUGCUGACAUUUACCCUGAAGUCAAGCUUGACACAAAGCCUGUCUCACGUCCCGUGGCUACUACAGAGCCAGUAGACCGAGAAUACCUCGAGUAUAACAACCCCAAAACGGUUUUCUGCGCAGAGGCCUGCGAUGAUCUUGGAGGAGAAUUCUGCGAACCUGACUAUCAAAAAGAUGUCUACUAGAAUAAAGAAACAAGAGUUUAUGUGAUGUUAAUAUGUGUUUGCAUCUCUACAUGUCUCUUAUAAACUACAUAUGAAAUCUAGCUCCACUUAAUUAAGAUUGACGUUGUGAAUCAGCUCCAUAGUCAGUAAUCAGAAAGUUAUUUGAUUUCCUCA